UCAAAAUGCUUAAUAUAGAAGAGAAACAUUAACUGUUGUUGUUGUUGCUUCUUUAUAACAUUAAUAAGGAAGUGUGAUAAAAAUAAUAAAAUCAAUUUAUUUGUUAACAAAAAAAAAUAAGUUUUAAAAGAAAAUUUAAUGUGUUUUAAAUAAAAGAAAAUUUCGAGUUGUUAUUUGUUCAGGAAUGAACAAAAAACUGCGAAAAAACUUGUUUAAUAAUCACGUUUCAAUGACAGUUGCUAUUAAAAAUAACCUAUAAAAUUAUUAAAAUAAAAAAAAAAUACAAUAAAGAUAAAUGUUUCUAAGAAAAAGGGUUUUGUCAAGGCGAUUUUAUAAGUUGAAGUACAAAACUAAUCCUAUACUAGCUCAAGUCCAAGACAAAUACAGAAAAUUGGGGCAAAUUCGAGUUUGACAGCCUUGAAAUAAAUUCUCUUGAACCUGCAGCGCAAUUAUUUAUUUGCAAACAAAUCACUAAAAUAACAAAUUAAAAUAAACUAUUUCAAAUUAAAAAAAAAAUCGAAAAGAAAAUAUAAAUUAAAAAAAACGCAAUUAGUAAAUGAGUGAAAUAAUUACAACAAACACAAUAGUGACAAUUGGAACAAAUCCAAUGUUUUUAAAAACUAUUGUAAAACAACAACUCAACAUUUGCAACAUUAAUUAUAAUUAUACAACAACAAAACAGAUAAACACAGUAAAAAAUGAAAAUAUUACAAUAAUUUCCCUCUUCAAGUUUAAAACAAAUUAUUGAAAAUUAAAAGGAUUAAAAAAAAAACUUUGUUUUAAGUUUACUUUGGAAUUUGAGAACUCACUUCUUUCUCUCUCUCUCAUUCUCUCUUAAGUGAUUUUUAAGUGAGUGUGACCUCAACGUUAAUUAUCACCGAGAAAAAGGAGCAAAGCGUAAUGAAAACAGCAGCAUAAUGUUUCAAUUUAUACUGACAAUGGUUGUUAUAUAACCCAGUUGGCCGUUUAAUUGCAGGCAGCAAGUUUACAACAAAAGAUUGUGUUCUAUAGUUGGAAAAGAAAAGCCAGACAGACAGAAGGCCUCUUCCGUUUUGAGCGAGAUUGACAGAAACAACAAAACAAGACAACGAGACAAAAUUCGUUUUGUUAGGAAAUUGUUUAAAAAGCUGCCAUUAUGAUACCAACAACCGCAACAAGUUCUUCACCACCCAUUGCCUCCGUUGGAAGCAUUGGUAAUCAAUUAAAUAAUUCACCCCCUAUACCCGGUAGUGCCAAUGCCAGCAAUGGAGCCAGCGCAGCGGCUGGCAUAGGACAAGGAAAUAUAAGCGCUUUUCUAGGUAUAGCAUCAUUGAUUUUGGAGGGUAGAGCCUUAGCUGAAGAUGAAUAUGCCAUACAGACAACACGUAAUGAGUUUAAAACAUCUUUGGGCGCCAAUACGGCCGACUGUGGUCGACAAUCACCCAAACCUUCAACAUCAAGAGCGGCUUUUGGCGAAAACAUGGGCAGUUCGAUGGGUCCAAUAGCUACUAGUACAUUUUCCAUUGAUUUGGCCAAUUAUUUGGGACGUAAGUCGUCAAAUUCACCCGAUUCAACAACUUCUUCAUUUUUGAGAGACUACUACAGCAGUAGUAGUGAGAGUGCUUCGUCGUCUGUGGAGAGUAAUCAUAGUCGUUGGUCGCAAAAACUAAGUCAAUUGAGACAAGAAUCUCCUAGUGCCCAUCAUCAUGUUUUGGCGCCCAGACAGCGUAUAGCUGUUGAAUGCCCCAGAGGCUCAGAUGCGGAAUAUGUGGCCUUGUCCAUAAAUACCGAACAUCAUGGUACGCAUGAAGAUAGAAGAGGUGGCGAUUUUGAGAUUCUACGCAGAAUGUCCAUUAAUCAAAUGAAUUUUUAUAAUUCUCCCAAUUCUAUGGGAGGUGGUGGUGGUGGUGGAGUUGUAGUAGGUGGUAGCGGUAGCGGUGGUUCUAGCGAAAAUUUCAUGUGCUCUUUACAAUCUCUAGCCAGCAAUACUUGUCUACGUGUUGGCAAUCCCCUAUUAGUCAACAACACUUCACCUCCCAGAUAUUCAAAUAAUAGACAAAUUUCUUCCUCCUCACCUAGAUUUUCCACACCACCACAACAUCAACAAUUAGAUAUUUCAACUGGUUCAGCCAGCAGUAGUUCUAGUAGUAGCAGUGCUGGUGUGGGUGGUGCGAUUUCAGCCAAUUCCUGGUACAAUUCUUCAACUCCCCAUCUGGCCAAUAGCAGUAGCAAUAACAGCUCAAACAAUAAAGAAUAUUUAUUACGUCGAACUAGUACAACAACCCAACGUAUGGCUAUACCUUCUGCUCAAACGGCCAGCAAUAAUAAAACUAUUAACUCUUCUACACCCAACCAAAAUUUACAUUCGAAUAUUUUUAGUCGAAAUUCUCUUAUUAUACCUUCGGUUACUACUACAAACUCAAACUCUGGAACAGUAAUAACAACACUAUCGCCGAUGACAUCAUCUCCAGCCACUGCAAGUCGUAAUCAAACAUACCCGCAACAGGGUCCACACUGUGAUCAGUUCCUUAGAAAAAUGGGACUAGCCAAAGGUGAUGCCUUAGAAACUGAGGAACACCACUGUGAUAUGUCGUACGUUAACAUAACGUGCACACGUUGGCGUGCCUAUUGUAUUAAAAUGGAAAAUAUUUUAGCUCGUGGAGAGCCCAUAUGCAUUGAAGUAUAUUUGGGCCCAGUCGGUAAUAAAAUCUUACUGGAACAAUGGAUAAUAACACAAAAAGAAAAACAACCACCGCCUACAAUGACGCUGCCCUCAUUGUGUAGUGCCAUACGCAGUCAAUUGUAUUUUUCGCAAAUCAGUGCCUGGUGUGAUCUUAUUAAGAAAUCGGACAAGACCAUUUAUGAAACCGGUCGCGUUAUCUACACCACACCACAACAAACAACAACAAGUGCAGCUGGCGAUUUGGCAACUACAACAGCAACAACAAACAAUGCAAUAACAACAGCACCGACAGCAACAUCAACUACCUCAAUGCUGCAACACCCCACAGCCAUAACACCAUCAUCAAAUAGUGGAAAUAUUGGCAAUGUUAUUGGUGGUGGUGGCGGGGGUGUCGGUAUUACAGCAGGAGUAGGGAGCGGUAAAAAACGACCAUCAGCACCACGUUUAAAUAUUUUCUAUCGUAUAAAACAAUACGAUAGCACUGCUUGCUUUAAUUCAAAACCGAAUGUACACAAUUUUCCAAAUGUCAAUAUUACGGAAAAUUGUAGCGUAUCGGUUUGUCUAAAAAGUCUUCCACGUAUUACGGGGGGUAUACCAAAAGUUGGCACAUUAACAGCAACACAACAGCAACAGAAUCCAACAACAAGUGGAUUGACAGCUGCAACAACGGCAACACCACCCGUAAAUUCUGCAACACCAACGUGUUUAGCAGCUAAAAAUAAAACAAAAGCGGCAACAGCGAAAGCAACAACAUCAGCAAACGUUGCAGCAGCAGCAGCGACGUCUGCAACAACAUUAACAACAAAUGCCAACAACAAAUCAACAAUUUUAAUAAUGAACUGUGAUAAUAAUUUAAAGGAACAUCAGCAACAAAAACAAUUAACUGCCUCCACUUCUUCUUCACUUUGCUCCUCCUUUUCUGUGAAUGGUAAAAAUUGCAAAAAAUCUUCUGGCCAACAGCUAGAUUUUCAAGAUGCAGAUUUUGAAUUUGAUGAUCAGCACAUUGAUUUAAGUGCCGGUGGUGAUAAUAGCACAAUUUCAUGUGGGGGCAGUGCCAGUGUUGGUGAUUGUGAUAGUUCCAAUUCCUCAUUUAGUACAAACAACUAUGGAAAUCUUUCACAUCGUGAAAAGCAACUCCUCAAAUAUCGUAAACGCAUGUUGAAACGAGACAAAAAACAACAAUUGCGUAGUAAAACCAAUGAAAUUACUUCCGCAACAAAUCAAAAACAAGAAGAUACGGAUAAUAAUGUUAAUAAUAAAAUGGAACAAGGAGAAGAUGAUGAUGAUGAUGUGGAUGGUGAAGGUGAAGGUGAUGAUAGGGUUGAUGAUGUGAAUGACGAUGAUGAUGAUGGCAAUAAUAGUGAUACCGCCGAUCGUAUAGAAAACAAAUCUAGCAUUAAUAGUUUAGCAGCAAAAGGCCAAAGACAACAACAAUUACCAAAUAAUCAUAUAAAUAGCAUUCCUUCUACAAAUCAACUACAAUUGCAACAGCAGCAGCAGCAGCAACAUCAUCACCAACAAGUCAAAAUGAUCUCAACUGGUACUCAAACUAUCACCAACACUUGUACAGCUUGUGGUUUCGAAAAGUCAAUGAUAUGUCUAAAGUGUAACCCUCUAAUAAAAGUUAAUAGUGAUGAAGAAAUCAUGGAUGCUGAGACCUCAUCAGCCAGUAGUUUAAGUAGUAGUGAUAUUAUACAUACACCACGUAAUAACGCCGAAUUAUUAUUACAAGCCAUACAACGUACACCGAAGUCAAAUAAGAAACAUAAACAUAAAUCCAAAGACUCAAAUCAAAUGGCUGCCAUAAAACAACCAACAAUAAACAGCAAUAGUAGUAAUAAUAUUAGAAUUUCAUCUAGCCAAAACUCCAGCACUAUGAAUGGUAAUGGUGGCAACAACAAUAGCCAUAGUGGUAGUGGCGUCAUCAAUGGUAGCAGCAACAAUCUUAACAAUCUAGUGGUUGGCUGUCAGUUAUGCAAACGUCAAAAGACCCAACAUCAUUUUAAUCAGCCGUCAGGAGAGGAUUUGUCUUCAGAAGAUAAUAAUUCUUCCUUGAAGUCUGUGGAUAAAAAUAUUAACUCAUUAAAUGAACAUACGGAUGCUGCUGGUGAUGAUGCCGAAGAUGGCGAUGGUGGUGAUAAUGAAACGGAUGGUGGGAAAGUUUUUUCAGCUGAUUGUGUGGAUAAUGUAGCGAUUGUGGUGGACGCACAACAUGCGGAUGACUAUAAUGUGAGAAAAAUGUCAACAUCAGAAAAAUCGUGCAGCGAUCAUGAAGUAAUGGAAGAAGAAUAUUUUGAAACCUCCACAAAACUAACACCCCACAUAGAUCGCUGUUCUUUGAACAGCAAAUCGUAUUACGCUCAAAUUCCCCGACCAAGUGCCAAUGGCAGCACGGAUAGAAUAGAAUAUCAGCAACAACGUUCAUGCUCAACACCACCCUUACAAGAGCAAACAGAAAAUUCUUCUUGUAGCAACAACGAUACCACCAAUUCCUCGAUAAUGAUGAUGGCACAAUUUAAAACUCCCACACCAAGUGAACAAUAUCAAAAUGCCAUGAAAAAUAAAAUGCAACAACAACAACAACAACCCCAUAAACAUACACCUAAACCGAAUCUUUUGCAUAUCGCUUGUAAUUUUAAUAAGAACGAAGAACAGCCACAGAAAAACAGCAAAUUGAAUGAUAAUAAUACCCCCACUACUCAUAAUCCAUUAUUGUUAAGACGUAGUUUACCUAAAGUAAAUCUAACACCCAUAUUUUGUAAUCCCAACUCAAUGUUGGUGGUUUCUUCCUCACCCAUACCCAUAGGAAAUGGGGUGUGUAAUGGUACGGGGAAUUCUAUGAAAACAAAGUCGGCGGAUAUUAAUAUUACAGAAGCUUCACCUACAUUUUCAUUUGAAUCACCUUCAAGUCCAGCAACUCCAUCACUGACGGUACAAAAAUCCAACUCAGCUCCCACCCUACCAAAUUCUCCCUCUCUCUCGCCACGUUUUAUUAAAGCUUCAGCCAUAUAUAAAAGAAGAUCUCGUCACUUGUCCGAUCGUUCGGAUCGUUCUUCCUUGGGUUCAGAUGAGCAAUUUUCCGAUGAGGAUAUUGAUUCUGGUAUGUAUAGUCCCUUUGCCACUUCACCCGUCAAGUUGAGAACACGUUUGGCGGCGGUAUUUGGUCGUAAACCUUUGUUGGGUAACUUGGAAGAAUGUCUGUUGCAACGACGUUUGGUGCCUAAAAUUGAAGUAAUGGGUUUUAAAUUGCUAUUGGGCGCCUCGGGCGGUUUUUGUCCCACUCAAUUAACCAUACCAGCGGCUGCCUAUUUUUAUGAACUUAAGGGUGAGACCUUAAGUACUCCUUAUCUGUGUGAAAUACGUUUGCCACGUAAAGGUUAUACGGUGCCACGUUGUGGCACUGUCCAAGCUACUUUAUUAAAUCCCAUGGGUACUGUGGUGCGCAUGUUUGUUAUACCCUACGAUAUGCGUGACAUGCCCACUUUACAUCAAACCUUUAUACGGCAGCGUAUUUUAGCAGAUUCGGGUAUGGAAAGCAAUAAUGAUGCAAAGUCAAAUGGUGUGGACCAGCAGUUUAAUACAAACGAGGAGAAUACUCCCAUGUGUGUAAACAAUAAGCAACAGCAGCCAGAAAAGCCUCAACCUAUGGAACAACCACAACAACAACAACAACGCUCACCUCAAAGUAACAACGAACAUCAUUUAGGACACUUUAUAUCAGCUGAGAAUAUGAAAAGUCUAAGAUAUUCCAUACAUUUGAGAUUCCAAACAUCACGUUCCGGCCGUCUAAUGUUACACACCGAUAUACGUUUACUGAUAUCCAGACGCACCGAUUGUGAUACUGCUGCAGCUCAUGCCAAAGGGGUAUUGGAAGCACCAAAUGAACUUAUUACAAAUACUGUGAUGCCCACAAAUCCCAAAUAUAGUGCACGUCAAGAUCAAACCAGUAGUAAAAUUUAGUAGUUAUUAAAAGCUGCAUGUGUGCCAGUCGAUAUGUUUCAACAGCUGCAACAAAAACUACAACAACGCUGGCAAAGAAUAUGGGUCUAAUUAAACAAUAGAAAAUACCUUCAUAGUAUAAUAAUAAUUCAGAAAAAAUUAAUAAUGGAGUUUAUGCUUAUGUUAACAAGAAAUUUAAAAUUUUAUCAACAAAAUGUUUUUUUAAUAUUUUUCCCUCUCUCCACACACACACACACCAACCACGCUGAAACACGCCUGUUUUAUCUAUGUCACCAAAAUGCCUUUUUUUUAAUUAUAAUUUUUUAUUAUUAUUUAAAUGAUCUGUAUUUUUUUAUAUAUUUUUUUUUAGUUAUUACAAAUUGUUUUAUGUAUAUAAUAUAUUUUGUUAUGUAUUUUUUUAUUUACAAAAAAAGCAAAAAAAAAACUUUGAAAUUUUAAUAGUUUAUGCAAUUCUUUGAAUAUUAAUUCAAAUUAAAACCAUAAUUCUUGUAAACAUUUAAAAAAAAAAAAAUACCAAAAUUUAUAUUGAAACCAAAAAAGUUUCAUCUUUUUUUUUGUAAUUUUCCAAUGGCAGCUUUUUGUUAAGUUUCCUCUUAUUUUAUUUUAGUAUAAAACGAAUUUAAAAUUUUUAAAAAAGAACAUAUUUACUUGGUAUUUAGUAGCUUUUUUUUUUUUAAAUUUUGUUUAAACAAAAAUACUUGUUAUAGUCCACUCUGUUUUAAUUUUUAUAUUUUUCAUUUCCCCAAUCCCGCCCACUGUGUAUAGCAAAAAUGUUUAUGUAUAUUAUUUAUUUUAUUUUUAUUUACUUUAUAUUACAAAUAUACAUCAUACAUACGUACGAAUACAUACAAUUCAAUAUAUAGUAUAUAAUAGAUAUUUAGUAAUUUUAAAUCAAUAUAAUCAAUUUAUUAUGUUGUUUUUUUUUUUUAAUGAGUAUUUUGAAAUAUGUUUUUUUCUUUUAUUAAAUGAAUUCAAUGUAAUUACAAUUGUUUUUUUUUUUUCUUUAUUUUGAUCUUCAAGUUUUGUAUUACGGCUUUUAUAAGCUUUUCUUUGGUUUGCUUUUUGUCAAGUUUGCAAACAAUUUAUGUUUAUGGGGAGGAUGACCAACUAAAGUUUGUUUCCUAGUAAAAGAAGAACCAUUUUAAAGCAUUUAAAUGUUGCUAUCAGGAAAUACCUUAUUAGCAAAUGUUUUGCAAAAAGAGGUUUUAGAAAGGAGCCAAGUUUUGGGAAUAUCCUGAUGACAAAAUAUGGAACCUUUAAACAAGUAUUUGAAAACACAAGGACUUGAAGAUGAUGCCUUGAUAGUUGUAGAACUUUAACUCGGAGACCAUAAGGUCCAUUGUAAUACCCUUCAUAGAGAGUGAAGAUCCAAAUAUAGAGAAGAAGAAGAAAACAAAAAAAGAAAAUAGUUAAUGAGGAGAGAUGAAUAGAAAUAGGUCUAUUCUCAAGGGGCUUUAACCCAGAAGAUUUACAAAUUCAAUUCCCUAAAGAUAGAAAUGUAAGAGAAGAUAUUACUUAUUCCCUUGAUCAAACCUAAUAGACUGCGAGGGUUAAGUCGCACAAUUUCCACCAGUUCGUCAUGGAACGUAUUCCUCAGGCAUUUCAACCUACGAUUUGGUAUUCUAGGACAAUAGCAAAUUAUGUUAUUGUCGCUCUUACUGAUAAAGACCCUUUAGCAUCGCUAUCAGAAUAGACUGCAUUCCACAUCAAAUGUUUGUCAUAAGGUCCUUGAUAUUUUGCCAUCCAUUCUACUAUUCCAGGACUUCUUAAUGAUGUCACGGAUUCUCUCAAAUAUCAAUCUAUAAUAGUGACAGAUGGGUGCUUUUAACAUCCUUUCCCUGUCAACUAUAACAAGGUUUGAAUAAAAGGUAUAUAUGAGGCAUUGCGGAACGGAACGCAGAAACAAACAGCAUUUUGUUUGCCGUUCCGUUACUUAAAUAAUAGUGCAGAAUGUCCACAUUCUCAAAGCACUGAUACGAAAUUCCGAUUGCGUUUGCUGUUGGAAUACCUUUUUUCAAUCGUUGCGUAACUGAAUGAGGAAACAUAAACGAAAUGAUCCAAUUGAACUGUUUCUUACAAAAUCGCUGAAAAAGAAUAAGUUACAGAACUUUUAUUCUUCUUUAACUUCUUCUUUACAUUAGAACCUAAAGAAAGAUGCAUAUAUUCUCUAAAGCUUCUCUAGAACUAGCUGCGAAUACGAAAUGUGUUUAGGAUUUGAAGGCAUAUUCAAAUCUCUGUUUUCAUAGCUGUUCCAAAGAACGAAUGUUGAUUUCUUAACACUUUCACUGAAUGCCUUCCGAAGUUGACAAUUUUGAACAAAAAUCCCUGGACUCAACGUCAAAAUAGAACAACUACAGGAUAUAGUGAUGAGUUCCAGAAUUAGUUGUGAAAUUCCAACAAUUUUCCUGGGAAUUAAUCGAAAUAUACAGAAGCUUAAAUAAAUUGAAUCCAUUUCGAUCUAAAUGUGUGUCAGGCCUUUAUAUAAGGAACUAUAGGAAGAUUUUUACUAAAUAGUCGUUCCCAGGACAAUUGGAUCUUCGCUCCGGAGCGACCCGAUUAUGACGCGACAGCUAUAUCAACUUCUUUCCCCAGGAAAGAAGUAUCGUAUCAACAUCUAAAUAUCAAUAAAGUAGUCGCUAGAGUUUUUAAUCCAAACUGGAAACAAUUAAAACUCACUUUAGUUAUAUCUGAGUUUUAUAUAAAAGUUUACCAGCUGUUGCAAGAUUACUAUUUAGAUUUACAUCAUCAUGAUACUUAUUAUUAAUACAUACAUAGGUAGAAAAAGGUUUUUUUGGAAAAAUGGUAGCAACAUUUAUAGAUCUUUUACUUAUUUCUACUAUAAUGCUUUAAAAUUGUUCUAUUUGCUUUUCUAAUAUUUAACCUUCCAACUCCCUAUUCAGGAUCUAAGGUGUGAGUAAAAUGAAAAUAAAAUGUCUGCAAAAGGCUCAUAUCGCCUUCAAAGUUUUUAUUUAUUAUUUACUCAAUCAAUUAAUUUUAAGUACAAUAAAUCCAUAACAAAAACAUUAACUAACUAAAUUUAGUUUAAUUAAAUAUAUAAAUAACAAUAAAACAUAUAUUUUGUUAAAGCAUUACUGUGAUGCUAUCGAUAUGAGCCUUUUCACAAGCAAUAAUAAUAAAAAACUAAUAAAAUAACUUUAAAGAACCAUUGUACAAUACAACAAAUAAUUAUUAAUAAUAAUUACAAUUAAAAAACCAUAUGUACUUUACUUUAGUAAGGAAAUUACAAAUAAAAUAAACAAAUCAAUAAUAGUAUUUCAACAAAAAAAAAAAAAAAAAAAAUAACUAAAAUAUAUUGUACUAUUUUAAUCCUUUAAUUAAUUACAUAUAAAUAAUUUAAUUUAAAUUGUUUAUUCAAUAACAAAUGAAAGAGCUGUACUAUGUAUGAAAGAGAAAAAAACGCCAGUCCUUUAAAACAAAAAAACAACUUUAUAAACAUAUUUUUAGAAACUGUUUGUAGUAGAGUUUUAAAAUAGUUAACUUUAAAUCAAUAGUAGGGAAAAGUAAACAAUAUAUCAUUAAACAAAAACUGUGUUAUUAAUAAAUUUAAUUUGCCAUAAAACUAAUAAACUAAAAUAAACAUAAAUCUAAAAUUAAUAAAAAAAAAUUUUAAGGAUUCUAUUAAUAUAAUAAUGUUUUUGAAGAAAAGUUUAAUUGGAUUUUAAAGAAAUUUUCUUCAAAAUUAUAUUUACUUACGAAAAGAAAAAGGAUUAGUUUUACAACUAGUUAUAGAAGAUUGGUGUUAAUACCUACAAUUUUUGUUCCAAAUAGUCAACUUUGGAACUGGUUCUGUAAAAGCAAUAUUGAGUCGACCCUGCUUCUAUUGAAAGCUUCAGAACACGAGCCAGUUCAUUAAUCAAUGAACUAUUUUUAGGCCAGAUUUAGAGAACAUAUACUCCUACUUUAGAACUGCUUACGAAAUAGUUCUUUUUUCCACGAUUUUUAUUGAAAUUCUUAAAAUUUGGAGCAAUUUAUAGAAACAGUUGAUGAAUUACACAGGACGUAAAACGUGUAAACGGAAAAGCCGCACAGAUUCCAAAUCUAGCAUCAAAAUUUCUCCAUCCUAUUAAAUUUUUGAGAUUUCGUGUCCUAAAGUUAGAAAAAAGUCCCUUAUAGAAACGGUUGAUGAAUUA